UCUAACUCCUGAUUCAAUUGAUCAAUAGGGAUGAAAUUGGCUACCUACCUCUUAUCAAUACUGGCGAUAAACGCCUUGGGGUGUUCUGCUUACGGUACUGUUACAGGAGUUCCUCCUUCCAAGCAAAAGCUCUACGAACCAACGAUAGAUUCCUCUGGUCGCAAAACCUGGCAUUGCCUUAGUGAUCCUUCUAUAGUUCUUUCAUACGAUCAGAUCAAUGAUAACUAUUGCGAUUGUCCAGACGGAUCUGACGAGCCUGGUACCAAUGCAUGUCCAUAUAACCCAGAACAAAAAUUCUAUUGUGCAAAUGAAGGGUAUGUUUCAGGGUAUAUAGAAAAUUUCAAAUUGAACGAUGGGGUUUGCGAUUACGAUUUGUGCUGCGAUGGUUCCGAUGAAUAUUUGACUGGAAAGUGUCCUAAUAAAUGUGAAGAAAUUCGCCAGCAGUUUGAGAAUUAUAAAGAAUUGGUUUAUAGAGAGACCGAAGAAUCGCUCUUGAUAAAAGAGCAAAUGGUAGAAAAAGCAAAAAUCAUUAAAGAAAAGGUUACUAAGAAGCUAGAAGAAACACAGCAAGAGAUUCAUGCUAAGGAGAAAGAGUUGGAAGAAUUGAGUGUUCAAUUGAGAGAUGAAGAAAUAAGAAUUCAGCUGGAACCCGAAAUUUCUGAAGAUUUGAGCUCCUCAAUCUUUGAGGAAGUAUCUCCUUUACUUAAUGACUUGGUUGAAUCAAUUAAGUCUCAUACUGAAGAAAAAAAAUCCCAAGAGCUAAGACUUGAAAAAUUAGAAGAAUUACUUUCCAAUUUAAUCGAGAACUACAAUCCUAAUUUCAAUGAUCAAGUCGUUAAACAGACAGUAAACAAGUUUCAAGACUAUUUAUCUAAUCUUGAAGAAGCUUCAAAUAAUGAAAAGGCAUCUCCUCAUUCGGUUUUAGAAAGUUUGUCUGAAAAAUUGAAAGAAUUUGCUUGUCAUCCAGUAUCUACCAUCAAGAAAAAUGUCGAUGAGCUUGUUAACCCUACAUUUUCAAAUAUGAUCAAUUUUUAUUAUACGACCUUCUUCAAAUCCAACAAAGGGCAAAAAUCAGAUAAACCCGUUGACCUGAGUGAUUCAAAAAAGAGUCAAUUGGCCUUCGAAUUGGAAGACAAGAUUCAAGACUUGAAGAAAGCUAUAAAGUCAUUGCAAUCAGAAGCAGCUGUUUAUCAAGAAAACUUGGAAAUAGACUUUGGUAAAGAUGAAAUAUUAAGGGCAGUUGCAGGAAGUUGGGUUAAUGACAAAUUUGGUGAAUACGAUUAUAGAGUUGGAUUCUUGGAUUCUAUUUACCAAGAUAAAACAUUAAUCGGAAGAUUUGUUUCUUACGAGAAUGGUAGAUUAAAGUAUGCCAAAGGUACUAAAUGUUGGAAUGGUCCUCAUAGAAGUGGUGAAGUGGAAUUAUUAUGUGGUCCAAAAAAUGAGUUGGUAGCUGUUAGUGAACUUGAAAAAUGUGAAUAUCUUUUCCAAAUUCGUACUCCAAUAGCCUGUGAAAAAAUUACUGAUGAUUACUUAAUUAAAAACUUUAAAGUCGAUUAUAGUUUAUUGUAAAUUAUAAAUAUAUGAUACAAG